AUGGCCGACCAGGAGCACACUUACAAGUUCAACGUCAGCAUGAGCUGCGGCUGCUCCGGUGCCGUUAACCGCGUGCUGGGCAAGCUAGAAGGCGUUCAGAGCUACGAAGUCUCCCUCGAGAAGCAGGAAGCCCUCAUCGUAGCCAAGCCAGGCCUCGACUACGAAACCGUGCUCAAGACCAUCAAGAAGACGGGCAAGAAGGUCAACUCGGGCUUCGUCGACGGCGAGUCGCGCAGCAUCGAGGUGGCCGAGUAA